ACUGCAAGACUGAAAUAAUUAGAAAGACCGGAAGAACUAGAAGAACUAAAAAAGUAAAAAGACUGAAGAACUAGAAAAUCUAGAAGACUGUAAGAACUAAAAGACUGCAAGAAGACUGAAGGAAUUAGAAAUGCUGGAAGAACUAGAAGACUGGAAGAGCUAGAAAAACUAGAAAACUGUAAGAACCAAAAGACUACAAGACUGGAAAAUUAAAAACGGUAAGAACUUGACAAAUUUAAAAGAUGGGAAGAAUUGGGAAAAAAGACUGUAAGAACUAAAAGACUGGAAAAACUAGAAAGACUGGAAGAACUAGCAGCUAAAAAAUCGUAAGAGCUAGAAGGACUAAAAAACUAAUACAAUUUUAGUUCGGAAGAACUAGAAGGACUAGAAGAACUAAGAAAAGCUACAAAACUGGAAAAAAAUAGAAGGACUGGAAGAAGUAGAAAAACAAGAAAACUAAUAACUUAACGACUGGAAGAAUUAGAAAAACUAGAAAACGGUAGGAACUUCAAACAUUUUAAAGACUGGAAGAACUAGAAAGACAAAAAAACUAAAAGACUGCAAGAAUGGAAGAAUUUGAAAAAACGGAAGAACUGAAAGGACUAGAAAACUGUAAGAAGUAAAAGACUGGAAGAACUUAAACUACAAAACCCAAAAGCAGUGAAGUUGUCACGUUGUGUAAAUGGUAAAUAAAAAGAGAAUACAAUGAUUUGCAAAUCCUUUUCAACUUAUAUUCAAUUGAAUAGACUGCAAAGACAAGAUAUUUCAUGUUCACACUGGAAAACGUUGUUCUUUUUUGCAAAUAUUAGCUCAUUUGGAAUUUGAUGCCUGCAACAUGUUUCAAAAAAGCUGGCACAAGUGGCAAAAAAAGACAGAGAAAGUUGAGGAAUGCUCAUCAAACACUUAUUUGGAACAUCCCACAGGUGAACAGGCAAAUUGGGAACAGGUGGGUGCCAUGAUUGGGUAUAAAAGUAGAUUCCAUGAAAUGCUCAGUCUUUCACAAACAAGUAUGGGGUGAGGGUUACCACUUUGUCAACAAAUGCGUGAGAAAAUUGUUGAACAGUUUAAGAAAAACCUUUCUCAACCAGCUAUUGCAAGGAAUUUAGGGAUUUCACCAUCUACGCUCCGUAAUAUCAUCAAAAGGUUCAGAGAAUCUGGAGAAAUCACUGCACAUUGGCAGCAAGGACGAAAACCAACGUGACCUUCGAUCCCUCAGGCGGUACUGCAUCAAAAAGAGACAUCAGUGUGUAAAGGAUAUCACCACAUGCAUGGGCUCAGGAACACUUCAGAAAACCACUGUCAGUAACUAAAGUUGGUCGCUACAUCUGUAAGAAUUAGAAAAACUAAAAGACUGGAAGAACUAGAAAAACUAGAAAACGGUUAGAAGUUGAAACAUUUUAAAGACUGUAAGAACUAGAAAGACAAAAAGAACUCAAAAAUUACAAGACUUGAAGAAUUAGAAAGACUGGAAGAACCAGAAGGACUUGAAAACUGUAAGAACUAAAAGACUGGAAGAACUUAAACUACAUGACAGGAAGAAUUAGAAAGACCGGAAAAACCACAAUAACUAAAAAAAAUAAAAAGACUGAAGAACUAGAAAAACUAAAAGACGGUACAAGCGGUAGAAAAUGGAUGGAUGGAUGGAUGGAUGGAACAACUAAGAGACAGGAAGAACUAUAACAAUUAAAAUACUGGAAGAAUGAGAAAAACUAAAAGACUGGAAGAACUAGCAAAACUCGAAAAACUAGAAACUGGUAAGAAGUUGUAAAAUUUUAAAGACUGGAAGAACUAGAAAGACAAAAAGAAGUAAAAAACUACAAGACUUGAAGAAUUAGAAAGACCGGAAGAACUAGCAGGACUAGAAAACUGUAAGAACUAAAAGACUGGAAGAACUUAAACUACAUUACAGGAAGAAUUAGAAAGACCGGAAAAACCAGAAGAACUAAAAAAAAUAAAAAGACUGAAAAACUAGAAAAACUAAAGGAUUGGACAAGCGGCAGAAAAUGGAUGGAUGGAUGGAUGGAAGAACUAAGAGACAGGAAGAACUAUAACAAUUAAAAUACUGGAAGAAUGAGAAAAACUAAAAGACUGGAAGAACUAGAAAAUGGUAAGAAGUUGUAAAAUUUUAAAGACUGGAAGAACUAGAAAGACAAAAAGAACUAAAAAACUGCAAGACUUGAAGAAGUAGAAAGACCGGAAGAACUAGAAGGACUAGAAAACUGUAAGAACUAAAAGACUGGAAGAACUUAAACUACAUGACAGGAAGAAUUAGAAAGACCGGAAAAACCAGAAGAACUAAAAAAAAAUAAAAAGACUGAAGAACUAGAAAAACUAAAGGAUUGGACAAGCGGUAGAAAAUGGAUGGAUGGAUGGAUGGAUGGAAGAACUAAGAGACAGGAAGAACUAUAACAAUUAAAAUACUGCAAGAAUGAGAAAAACUAAAAGACUGGAAGAACUAGAAAAUGGUAAGAAGUUGUAAAAUUUUAAAGACUGGAAGAACUAGAAAGACAAAAAGAACUAAAAAACUGCAAGACUUGAAGAAGUAGUAAGACCGGAAGAACUAGAAGGACUAGAAAACUGUAAGAACUAAAAGACUGGAAGAACUUAAACUACAUGACAGGAAGAAUUAGAAAGACCGGAAGAACCAGAAGAACUAAAAAAAAAUAAAAAGACUGAAGAACUAGAAAACUAAAAGAUGGGACAAGCGGUAGAAAAUGGAUGCAUGGAUGGAUGGAAGAACUAAGAGACAGGAAGAACUAUAACAAUUAAAAGACUGGAAGAAUUACAAAGAAAAAAAAGACUGGAAGAACUUUAAAAAAUAUAAGAACCUAAAAAACUACAAGUAAGAAAGAAUUAGGAAAACUAAACCCUUGGAAGAAUUAGACAAACUGGAAGAAGUAGAAGAAAUGAAAAAGAUGAGCUGAAAAAUGUGAAUUUUGAUCAAAAACACGUGACCUUUGACCUCAGCCAUAUUGGACCGGAUGGCUUUUAAAAGUCAAUAAAUAAAAUUCUGAUUUAAAAUGAAGUUUUUACUGCAGUUUGUGCUCAGCAUCUUUAAUUGUAGAUCAUUGUUUUCAAUAACAGCAUUAACCUCCAUCCCUCACGAAUAGAAAUGACUAAAAGUUAUUGAAUGUCCGUAACUAAAUGCUAAAUGAAUAUCUUGAUAUAAAAACACAGUAAAUAAAUAAUAAAAAACUACGAGAAGCAACAGCUUUAUUUAUUAAAAACACUGCACUGUACUGGGUUGUAUAUACUGUACAAGGCUGUGUCUCUCUUUCUGGCCAGCAGAGGGAGCCAGCAGCCUGGAUGAGAGUCACCAGCAAAUUUCUUAUUAGAAUAUUAAAUAAUAUUCUGUAAUUUAUAUUACUAGUAAAGAAACUCAACUUGAAAAUACAGUGAAUAUUCAAAGACGAUCUAUAUUCGCAAAUACGUGGAUUAAAAAAUAAUAAUGCAUCAUUUUGGCACAGUCAGAUGACGUCACCGGAAAAUGCCCUCCCAACCAGGAAGUGCUGGGCGGGCUUUCUCAUUAAGCAAGACUGUCAACACCUGGACUACAAAAUGGUAAGUUCAAGCAAAAUACCAAACAUUUUUAGAAAGUUCUUUGCUAUAACUUGUACGAAAAAAAAAUACUACCACCACAAACUUUUAAUGAGCGUUUAAAAGUUGUAUGUGGAACUUUAAUGGCUGUCAUGACAUGUUGAUGGUCACACGUUUUCUUUUAGGGACUUUAAUCCACACAAAUACUUCAUGUUCUUGCUCUAUAAAGUAAAAUAUUUGGAACAGGGUGAGGACUGUCACAAAUAUUUCUGACUCUUUUUUAAAAAAUUUUUUUUACCAAAAGUGUAUACUUAUAAGUAGACUGCUGUGACGCGAGAAAUUCUUCCGCCAUCUUGAAGUGGAGCGGGAAGUUGCGGCUGCUAUGAGGUGUGUUUGGCAGGACUUGUAGACACGGAGCUCGUCGCCGACCAGCAUGUCCCCCACACGGCUGCCGUGCCUGCUUCUCCUCGCGGCUCUCCAAGCAAGCGCCCUCACCGGGGACUACGAGGAGGACUACGAGGACGUCACCGUCCAGCAGAUGCUGGCUCCCAGGUCGCAGCAGUCUGACGCCACGGAGAUACUUAAUAACCUGCUCAAGGAGUAUGACCGGAAGCUCAGACCCGACAUCGGAGUGAAGCCAACCGUCAUAGACGUGGACAUAUUUGUCAACAGCAUCGGACCCGUGUCCUCCAUAAACAUGGAGUACCAGAUCGACAUCAUCUUCGCGCAGACGUGGACGGACAGCCGCCUGCGCUACAACAGCACCGUGAAGAUAUUGACGCUCAACAGCAACAUGGUGGGCCUGAUCUGGCUGCCCGACACCAUCUUCAGAAACUCCAAGGACGCCGACGCGCACUGGAUCACCGUGCCCAACCAGCUGCUCAGGAUAUGGAACGACGGCAAGAUCCUCUACACUUUAAGACUGACCAUCAAGGCUGAGUGCCAGUUGCAGCUGCACAACUUCCCCAUGGACCAGCACUCGUGCCCACUCAUCUUCUCCAGCUAUGGAUACCCGAGAGAGGAGAUGGUGUACAAGUGGAGAAGGAACUCUGUGGAAGCGGCCGACCAAAAGUCUUGGCGACUUUAUCAGUUUGACUUCCUGGGCCUCAGAAACACGUCUGACAUCAUAACCACCACAGCAGGUGACUACGUGGUGAUGACGGUGUACUUUGAGCUGAGUCGGCGUAUGGGCUACUUCACCAUCCAGACCUACAUCCCCUGCAUCCUGACUGUGGUUCUGUCCUGGGUCUCCUUCUGGAUCAAGAAGGACGCCACUCCUGCCAGGACUGCUUUAGGUAUAACUACAGUACUUACCAUGACCACGCUGAGCACGGUGGCGAGGACGUCGUUGCCCAGAGUUUCUUACGUCACCGCCAUGGAUCUUUUUGUCACCGUCUGCUUCCUGUUUGUGUUUGCGGCCCUGAUGGAGUACGCCACCUUGAACUACUACUCCUACAGCACACGCAGGCUGCCUUGCCUGGACAGGAAGAGACACAACUAUUCGGUGUUGGACGCCAGACCGCCGCCCGCCGUCCUCGCCCUCAACAACUCCACGUACUGGCAGGACUUUGAGGACUCGUGCGCCUACGAGUGUCUGGACGGCAAAGACUGCCAGAGCUUCUUCUGCUGCUACCAGGAGUGCAAAGGUGGUGCCUGGAGGCGAGGACGCCUCCACAUCCACUUGCUGGAGCUGGACUCUUACUCGCGGGUCUUCUUCCCCACGUCCUUCUUCCUCUUCAACGUGGUCUACUGGGUGGGAUACCUCUACCUCUAGCAGGAGGAGCCGGGAGAACAUCCUCAGUGCCUUCAGUCCUGGGGACGGCCAAAGGACGGAACUUGGGUCUCGGUCCUUCGCUUCGCUUGGUCCUUCGCCGACUUUCGAGGUUUGUUGUUCCACGCCACAAGAACACCUCUGAUCAUCUCGCUACUUAGCUAAUGUUUGGAGGACGACUCGUUAAAACGCACAAAGUCUCAGAAUUGGUGACAUUUCUUGAUGUGACUACGAUCUUUACGAGGCUAACUGACUCCGAUAAUCAAGGGGAUUAUGUUCAGAAACUGUCCCUUGUUUAAGUACACGGCUCAUUGGUAAAUUGUCAGUAUUACAACAGUACUACCACAUUUUUUAAAGCCAAUAUUCAAUUUAUUUACAAAAAAAAGUACUGACUAGCCUGUAUUUUGUCCAAAUAGUAGUCUGGUUAGCUUUAGCACAUCCAGCUGACUCGCGAGCUAACGAUAGUAGCAGGCUACGAGCUAGCAAACAAAGUUAGAAAACUUUCAAAUCUUGUAGUCCUCAAAGUUCGAGACAGUCAAUUAAAUAAUCGCUAGCUAUGUUGCUAACUAGCAGUCUUUUUUUUUAGCAAGUAAAGCUAGCUAUGGCUUGUUUUACCGUUUAAAUUCACUUUUGUAGCUUCAGUUUGUAAGGAAAGUUGAUCUCAGGUUAGAAAUGUUUAGUUUUCAGUCAAAAUGAUCAUAAAUGAGAUUUUUCAUAAAAACUUUCAGCUUUUGUCCCCCAAAUUAGCUCGAGUAAAUCCUUUGUUAUUUAGCUGUUAAGCUAACGAAGAGCUAAAAUGUGUUUUCUUUGGUUAUCACAUCCACAAAUUGAUGGGGAUCCAGCAGUUUGGCAAAGUGCGGACAUUUUUCAUUAUUUCGAACGAGAGGGUUUUAUUUGAUAUUUUGGCGAGCGUUGUUCGUGUUUGAGCACACUUUUUGGUAUUUCCAACGUGCUUUGUCAUUGUCAAACAUUAGAAAUGGAUUUCACAAUGGCGUUAAAAAGAACGUAAAUAGAAUUGUAGCGUAAAGCUAGCAAACAAAGUUAGAUAACUUUAAAAUCUUGUAGUCCUCAAAGUUCGAGACAGUAAGUUAAAUAAUCGCUAGCUAUGUUGCUAACUAGCAGGCUAAUUUUUUUUAGCAAGUAAAGCUAGCUAUGUUGCUAACUAGCAGGCUAAUUUUUUUUUAGCAAGUAAAGCUAGCGAUGGCUUGUUUUACCGUUUAAAUUCACUUUUGUAGCUUCAGUUUGUAAGGAAAGUUGAUCUCAGGUUAGAAAUGUUUAGUUUUCAGUCAAAAUGAUCAUAAAUGAGAUUUUUCAUAAAAACUUUCAGCUUUCGUCCCCCAAAUUAGCUCGAGUAAAUACUUUGUUAUUUGGCUGUUGAGCUAACGAAGAGCUAAAAUGUGUUUUCUUUGGUUAUCACAUCCACAAAUUGAUGGGGAUCACUCAUUUACUUUUCCAGCAGUUUGGCAAAGUGCGGACAUUUUUCAUUAUUUCGGACGAGAGGGUUUUAUUUGAUAUUUUGGCGAGCGUUGUUCGUGUUUGAGCACACUUUUUGGUAUUUCCAACGUGCUUUGUCAUUGUCAAACAUUAGAAAUGGAUUUCACGAUGGCGUUAAAAAGAACGUAAAUAGAAUUGUAGCGUAAAGCUAGCAAACAAAGUUAGAUAACUUUAAAAUCUUGUAGUCCUCAAAGUUCGAGACAGCAAGUUAAAUAAUCGCUAGCUAUGUUGCUAACUAGCAGGCUGAUUUUUUUAGCAAGUAAAGCUAGCUAUGUUGCUAACUAGCAGGCUAAUUUUUUUUAGCAAGUAAAGCUAGCUAUGUUGCUAACUAGCAGGCUAUUUUUUUUUAGCAAGUAAAGCUAGCUAUGGCUUGUUUUACCGUUUAAAUUCACUUUUGUAGCUUCAGUUUGUAAGGAAAGUUGAUCUCAGGUUAGAAAUGUUUAGUUUUCAGUCAAAAUGAUCAUAAAUGAGAUUUUUCAUAAAAACUUUCAGCUUUUGUCCCCCAAAUUAGCUCGAGUAAAUCCUUUGUUAUUUAGCUGUUAAGCUAACAAAGAGCUAAAAUGUGUUUUCUUUGGUUAUCACAUCCACAAAUUGAUGGGGAUCACUCAUUUACUUUUCCAGCAGUUUGGCAAAGUGCGGACAUUUUUCAUUAUUUCGGACGAGAGGGUUUUAUUUGAUAUUUUGGCGAGCGUUGUUCGUGUUUGAGCACACUUUUUGGUAUUUCCAACGUGCUUUGUCAUUGUCAAACAUUAGAAAUGGAUUUCACGAUGGCGUUAAAAAGAACGUAAAUAGAAUUGUAGCGUAAAGCUAGCAAACAAAGUUAGAUAACUUUAAAAUCUUGUAGUCCUCAAAGUUCGAGACAGUAAGUUAAAUAAUCGCUAGCUAUGUUGCUAACUAGCAGGCUGAUUUUUUUUAGCAAGUAAAGCUAGCUAUGUUGCUAACUAACAGGCUAAUUUUUUUUUAGCAAGUAAAGCUAGCUAUGUUGCUAACUAGCAGGCUAAUUUUUUUUUAGCAAGUAAAGCUAGCUAUGGCUUGUUUUACCGUUUAAAUUCACUUUUGUAGCUUCAGUUUGUAAGGAAAGUUGAUCUCAGGUUAGAAAUGUUUAGUUUUCAGUCAAAAUGAUCAUAAAUGAGAUUUUUCAUAAAAACUUUCAGCUUUUGUCCCCCAAAUUAGCUCGAGUAAAUCCUUUGUUAUUUGGCUGUUAAGCUAACGAAGAGCUAAAAUGUGUUUUCUUUGGUUAUCACAUCCACAAAUUGAUGGGGAUCACUCAUUUACUUUUCCAGCAGUUUGGCAAAGUGCGGACAUUUUUCAUUAUUUCGGACGAGAGGGUUUUAUUUGAUAUUUUGGCGAGCGUUGUUCGUGUUUGAGCACACUUUUUGGUAUUUCCAACGUGCUUUGUCAUUGUCAAACAUUAGAAAUGGAUUUCACGAUGGCGUUAAAAAGAACGUAAAUGGAAUUGUAGCGUAAAUAAAGUGAGUCGGAUUAUGUUACGACUCAUUUAUUUGAGUCGCGCUGCUUACCGUAAACCAGAAGUUCUCAAACCGUUUUUUUUUUACUAUGGCAGUUUAACUUUGGAAGGUUUGCCGUGUCGUGGUGAAUAAAUUAUCUUGUGCCGUGUGAGGUCCGUGAAACAAUCUUUUACUUUGAAGUUCUGCAAAUAUUUUGUUAGUAGUUGUGUAUUUUCCAACAUACUCUUUGGCAAUAAUACCAGAAUGGUGCUAUAAGUUCACGAUAACGCGUCCGUGUCAAUAACAUUCCGUUCUAAUAUUAAACGUCGUUUGGUCAGUAAACCGAAGACGUGGAAGUCUUGUUGUCUCGUGAAAGUUGAAGGAAAACUGAAAGGUUAGCGUGCAGCCGUGCUUUUUAUUGAUGUUGUUGCUGAAACACGAGCUCACCACAAUUCUGGUAUUAAAAAUGUACCAAAAAUGAAGCAAAAUGUCAAAUUGCUACAUCUCACGUUGCUACAUCUGCUAUGGAUACACCGGAAGACUUUUAAAGGGAUUUGAUUAGCUGACGACUGUGGAGUCAAAUAUUUGACACUUUCAAGACCAGAACCAGGACCUAGUGUAACACUAACCAGGAACCCAACCAAAAUCCCAGUUACAAUGCUGACCAAGGUCUUGACUCCUUAAUACAAACCCCCCCAAGACAAAAACCAGAACCUAGUGUAAGACUAACCAUAAACCCAACCAAAACCCCAAUUAGAACCCUGAACGGGUCUUAACUACUUAAUACAACUCCAACCAAGACCAGAACCAAAAUCUAGUGUAACACUAACCAUAAACCCAACCAAAACCCCAGUUAGAACUCUGACCAACAUCUUGACUCCUUAAUACAACCACAACCAGAACCUAAUGUAACACUAACCAUAAACCCAACCAAAACCACAGUUAGAACCCUGACCAAGGUCUUGACUCCUUAUUACAACCCCAACCAAGACCAGAAUUCAAACCUAGUGUAACACUAUCCAUAAACCCAACCAUAACCCCAGUUUGAAACCUGACCAAAGUCUUGACUCCUUAAUACAACCCCAACCAAGACCAGAACCUAGUGUAACACUAACCAUAAACCCCAGUUAGAACCCUGACCAAGGUAUUGACUUCUUAAUACAACCACAACCAGAACCUAAUGUAACACUAACCAUAAACCCAACCAAAACCCCAGUUUGAAACCUGACCAAAGUCUUGACUCCUUCAUACAACCCCAACCAAGACCAGAACCUAGUGUAACACUAACCAUAAACCCAACCAAAACCCCAGUUAGAACCCCGACCAAGGUCUUGACUCCUUAAUGCAACCCCGACUAAGACCAUAACCAGAAGCUAGUGUAACAUUAACCAUAAACCCAACCGAAACCCCAGUUAGAACCCUGACCAAAGUCUUGACUCCUUCAUACAACCCCAACCAAGACCAGAACCUAGUGUAACACUAACCAUAAACCCAACCAAAUCUUGAUUCCUUAAUGCAACCCCGACCUAGACCUUAACCAGAAGCUAUUGCAACAUUAACCAUAAACCCAACCAAAACCCCAAUUAGAACCCUGACCAAGGUCUACACUCCUUAAUACAACCCCAACCAAGACCAUAACCAGAACCUAGUGUAACACUUACCAUAAACCCAACCAAAACCCCUAGUUUGAACCCUGACCAAGAUCGUAACUCCUUAAUGCAACCCCAACCAAGACCAUAACCAGAACCUAGUGUAACAUAUUCAUAAACCCAACCAAAACCCCAGUUAGAACCCUGACCAAGGUCUUGACUCCUUAAUACAAGACCAUAACCAGAACCUAGUGUGACACUAACCAUAAACCCCACCAAAACCCCAGUUAGAAAGCUGACCAAGGUCUUGACUUCUUAAUACAACCCCAACCAAGACCAUAACCAGAACCUAGUGUAACACUUACCAUAAACCCAACCAAAACCCCAGUUAGAACCCCGACCA